AAGUCAUCUCCUUCAUUUGCACUCUCCUUUCUCUCUCCUCUUGUCUAUCUCUUUCUAAGAAUCAUAUAGUCGGGGAGUGAGAGAUGGGAGAUAUGACGGAAAAAGAAAUCUCAUUGAGUGUUACCCAUCAGGAGAAGAAGAGGACAGCUGAUGCAAUGGUCGGAGAUGAAGAUGAUUCUGAUCUGCAAUCCCCCGACAAGAAGAGAACCCAUUUCAUUGAGAUUUCCAAUAUGAGUAUUCCUUCGACUAAGGAUCUGGAUACGGAGUUUCCAAAGCUAAAAUGUAGAACGAAGGGCGGAUACAUUGAAGCGAAGUUUGAUGAUUCUCAGAUGUGUGAUGGUUAUAUAGCAGAUAUCUACGAUUAUCUACAUAACAUGGAGAAAGAGGCAAAGAGAAGGCCAUUGCUAGACUAUAUGGAGAAGAUACAAACAGAUGUGACUGCAAACAUGAGAGGGGUUUUGGUGGAUUGGUUGGUGGAGGUUUUAGGAGUAUACAAGCUUCAACCUGAGACACUCUAUCUCUCAGUUAGUUACAUUGACAAAUUCUUGUCUAUUAAUCGCAUCAAUACGCAGAGUCUACAGUUGCUUGGUGUUUCUUCUUUGCUCAUUGCAUCAAAAUUUGAAGAGUCCAAUCCUCCAAUAUCAGUUGAUGACAUGUGUUACAUCACAGACUACACUUACAUAAAUGAAGAAGUCGUGAAGAUGGAAUCUGACAUUCUCAAGUCACUUAAAUUUGAAGUGAGCAAUCCAACAGUUCUGACAUUCUUGAGAAGAUUCGCCAGGAUUUCUGAAGAAGAUUGCAAAUAUCCAAAUUCGAAGUUUGAAUUAUUGGGAUACUACUUGGCAGAAUUGAGUUUAGUGGACUAUUGUUGUUUGAUGUUUUUACCAUCCAUGAUUGCUUCUUCUGUUGUAUUCCUCUCAAGGUUUAUAUCUCACCCUGAUAAAUAUCCAUGGAAUGCAAACCUUGAAAAGUAUUCAGGAUACAAAGCUGCUGAUUUAAGAGAAUGUGUUGUCCUUAUACACGAGUUGUACUGGGGUAAAAGAGGAGGCUCUUAUGUAGCAAUAAAACAGAAAUACAUGCAGAAUAAGUUCAAAUAUGUUGGGUUGAGGUCGGGCCCUGUUGAAAUACCCAGUUUAUACUUCGAAGAAAUGGGAGUGAGUGAGUUUUUGAAUGUUCAGUUUGGAUGCCAUUGGAGUGGUUGAAGGCUUGAAGAAUGUUUGUUUCUUAAAUAUGAAGUGUUCUCCAAAUUGGAUCUAUCUAUCUGAUAUCAAGCUGAGCUGAGUGACCCAUAAGCCAAACUUUCUACUUUUAGAUUUAUUUUGAAAGAACUGAUUCUUUUCAACUUAUUAAACAUAGUUGGGAGGUGCUAACAUUUUAAUUAGAAGUGAUGAUUUUUUUUUUUUUUUGUAUGUUUGGUCAACUUUUUUAAUCUGCAAUUGCAAUUAAACUAAGAAUUGUACCUUGUUUUGAUCUCCACAAUUUUGGAUUUUUUUUAGGCAUUUGAUUUUCAACU